UCGAUUGGGAAGUUUCGUGUGACUACGCAGUACGAGUAGUAGGGGGCCACAUUUUCUGUAUCAUGUGAAGGCCGUUUAUCCUUCUCGUUACUAGAAUUUUUAGACAUACGUAUUUGAGAGAAUUCACUCAAGAAAAUAGAAAACAAAAGAGAAGAAGAAAAAAAUAGAUAGUUACAGACGUUGCAGACGUGUCAGCUGUAGCAAUGUCGCUCGGUAGAAGCACACGUGUGUUCCAACAGUAUCUGCGACGGAAGCUUUUACCCAUCGAUACACUCUAUUUUGCAAAAUCGCAGAAAAAUUACAGGAAAAAUACAUACGAACACAGUCAGAUUCGUAAUUUUAGGAAUUUCGGUCAUACUAGAAGGAAUGAUCGCUUUAGCCAUUGUAUCCCGUAUAUACUUUGUAGCGCUGUUAUGGUUAUGAGUCUUUUUGAUUGGCAGCGUGUGUCGAACCUAGUACCUAAAAUACCUAAAGUAGAUGCUGCCAGCCUCGUAGUGGAAGAGAGUCAAAAUAAUGAUAGUGUAGAAAUUAUAGAACAAGACAUGCAAAAGAAGAAGAAGAACAAAAAGCAGAAGAUUGGAUUUCGCGAUAGAAAGGUAAUAGAGUACGAGAACAGGAUUAGAGCGUUUUCGACACCAGACAAAAUCUUUCGUUACUUCGCGACUGUGAAAGUAACUCAUUUAGAGAGUACUGAAAUUUAUAUGAUCCCCGAUGAUUUUCUCCGAGCUAUCACGCCAGGAAUGCAGCAGCCAGAUGGUCUUGGACUGGACCAGUACAGACGUUACGAUCCGAAGAAUAUUCAUACCAAAUUAGAAUUAGAAUUGGACGAAGAUAGCAUCUUCUACAAAUUGGGCAGUGCGGGUCUUAUUACUUUUUCCGAUUACAUCUUUCUGCUGACUGUAUUGUCAACUUCUAGACGUCAUUUUGAAAUUGCCUUCCGAAUGUUUGACUUCAACGGGGACGGUGAUGUCGAUUCUACAGAGUUUGGAAAAGUAUCUACAUUGAUACGGCAACAAACUAGUAUAGGUACUCGUCAUCGCGAUCAUGCAACCACAGGAAACACAUUUAAGGGAGUAAAUUCUGCACUAACAACAUACUUUUUCGGACCACAAAUGAAUCAGAAGCUAACGAUCGAAAAAUUCUUGGACUUCCAGCAGCAACUACAACGAGAAAUUCUGAGUCUUGAAUUUGAGCGACGAAAUCCGGACGAGCACGGCAAUAUCACCGAGGUAGAUUUUACAGAAUUAUUAUUGGCUUACGCUGGGUAUACAGCAAAAAAGAAGGCUAAAAUGUUGAAGAGAGUAAAGAAGAUGUUUAAAGAAGAUCCGAAAGGAAUCAGCAAAGAGGAAUACCUCAAGUUUUUCCACUUUUUAAACAACAUUAACGACGUUGAUACAGCUCUGACGUUUUAUCAUAUAGCUGGCGCAUCUAUCGAUCAAGCAACAUUAAAACAUGUAGCAAGAACUGUAGCACAUGUUGAUCUGAGCGACCAUAUUAUUCAAGUGGUAUACACAAUUUUCGACGAAAACAUGGACGGACAGCUUAGCAAUCGGGAGUUUGUCGCUGUGAUGAAGAACCGUGUGCUUCGCGGUUUGGAGAAACCUAAGGAUACUGGAUUUGUCAAGUUAAUUCAAUCCCUGAUAAAGUGUGGAAAAAAUAGCUAUCUCCUAUCAUACGAUAAAUAAUUAAAUAAUUCAAAUGCUACUUAUUAAUCUUUUAAGUUUGGCUUCAUUAAUUGUAAUUUAUUAGAGAGAAAUAAAAAUAAAAUACAUAUAAAG